ACCAGUUUCUGCAGCGGAGGCUGUGGGAGCGGGAGGUUGAGCAGGUGAAGAACAAGGGCGCGAUGAAUGGCACCCUGUGCUUGAUCCUGCUCGUUUCGUUCUGCUUCGGGCACGGUUUGUGCGACUGCGCGAAUGCAUUCGAUCUGCUGGAGGAGAGCGGCGUGGAGGAGCUCUUUCGCGAAAUCGGCGCCGUGCAUGGGUGUGUUUUUAUCCUCACCUGCGCGGUGCUAUCCGGCUCGGUCGGGUCCCAGAUCAUCCGUGCCGAGUUCUACGCCGAACGACAGCAGCGCGGGAACCUGUUCUUUCUGCCGAGUGCCACGUCCUCUGCUGGGUCCUCCCAGUCGUCAAACUUUGGGCAGCACCGCUCGGGCCUCGGGAAGAUUCGGUUUUUCGUUUGCGGAUUGCUGCUCUGUCUCGCCACCGUCAUGACCUGCGGCCGAGGGCUGCAGGGUGCCUCCGAAGUGCUGCGGACACUGCUCGAGCGAGAAAGCAUGCUGGAUAUCUUUCAAGUCUUCUGCGUCACCUUCUGCAUUUUGUUUCUCACCAUCUUCUUCGUGCGAGUCUGUCGCCGGCGCAGCCAUCGAAAGGAGAAAAUGAUGAAUACCCAAUCGGCGUUUGCGGACGUGGACGGGAUAACAAGCGAUAAGGAGCAUCAGGAGGAGGACCGCCGCGCACGAAAGGGAAGCGAUGCCAGUCGUGUGACGUGUGCUGACAAAAACAAUGUUAAGGUACCCGCGCAGCGGGACCCCCUCGGUAGAGAGCUUGAUCUUGCUGCUACGCCUGACAAAAAGAUGUCAGCCGCUGGCAAUAUGAGAAGCCGAAACUACACCGCAUCCAAUCGGGAAAAACGACAACUCGGCUCAGCUUCAGGGAGUUCCGCAGCCUUGGCCCAACGCAGUACUACAACUCAAGGAAACAUCAAAACCCCGGCAGCAACCAGGUUUCACACACUCCCUGCGACAGUCGAACUCCUACUUUUUGUUGGCACCGG